ACUUGAAUUGAUGGAGUGGAGACUUCAAAAUCCUCACGUCAAAAUUUUUGAUCUGAAAUCUGAAAUGACAUUACCUAGUAACCAAAAAUAAAUCGUAAUUCUACGGAUUUAUUCAUUCUAGUUCGCAAUUUAUUGUGUGUUCGAAUAAAACACAAAAUGUCGUUUGUGUUUCGAAAGCCGAAAAAAAUUCAACGUCGAAUGUUUUGCGCUGAUGAUGAUGAGGAUGGGGAACCUGAAGCACCGCCGCCGCCAGUCAUCAGCCAAGAAAAGGAGAAAGAGAAGAAAGAAGUGAAAUCUGUGAAGAGUACAACUCUAUUGAGUUUUGCUGACGAAGAGGAAGAAGGAGAAGUGUUCAAAGUGAAGAAGUCAUCUCAAAGUAAGAGACUGGCUAAGAAGAGAGAGAAAGAGAAACAGAAGAAUGUGAGAACAGAUGGUGAUAGUAACAAAUAUGAGAGUAGCAUGCUGGAGGAAAAGAACAACCACACAGAGGAGAAUAAUGAGAAACCGAAACCUGGGAAGAAGAAGAUCACGUUAGAGGGGCUGAUACUGUCCGGACGGGAGGCGCUUGCGGCUGACGGGGCGGGAGAUGUGUCGGACGACAGUGCGGGCGCGGACGAGGAGGCCGAGGAGGACGAAAGGGGGUUCCAUCGGUACCGCGCGGAGUCCGUGAGGGCUGCGCUCUUGGGGGCGCCGGGCCGCAUACCCGACGCCGCGCUCAUCCACGCCGCACGCAAGACCAGACAGCAGGCUCGCGAAUUAGGCGGAGACUAUAUUCCGGUGAAGCCGUCAGAGUCGGGCCCUGGGUCCCGGCUGGUCAGAGAUGACGGCUCCGGUGACGAUGAGGAGGAGGGCAGGAUACUUGUCAGGGGGCUGGACCUGCCAAGUGAUAAGCCCAAACGUGGCACGGCAGCGGUUUCUGAAGAAGAACUGGACAGCGAGGCUGAGGAGUGGGAGGAACAACAAUUGCAGAAAGCCAGGCCUGUCAUCGCGGAUCUGACUGGUGAGAGUGUUAUGGACGUGAAUCCGUUCGCGGUAGCUCUGCCGGCGCCUCAGAUGUCGGCGCCGGAACACUUGCGACCUCUGACGACUUCGGGCACACAACCACCAUCGACCGCUAACGAACUUGUAGAUGCACUUAAGAAACGUUUAGAAGAGCUUCAAGUCGAAAGAGACAUAACGUCAAAUACGCAGAAAGAGCUGAAGGAGAGGUUGUUGACCUCGGCUCGGAUACGGGAGAGUCGGGCGUCGCGCUGCGGGGAACUGGACGCCGCCUACAGGAGGGCGCAGGCUAUACGCGGGUACCUUACCGACCUUAUCGAGUGCCUUGAUGAGAAGCUGCCGCAGUUGGAAGCGUUGGAGGCCCGAGCACUAGCGCUCCACAAGCGACGCUGCGAGUUCCUCAUCGAGAGACGACGCGCCGACCUGCGCGACCAGGCGCAGGACGUACUCGCGCCGCCAGGUCGGGCGACAAAGGGGACGGAGAACGAAGAGAAGACGCGUCGUGCAGCGGAGCGCGAGGGCCGGCGGCGCGCGCGCAGACUGCGGCGGGAGGCGUGCGCCGCCGCCGCCGGCGCGCUCAUACCGCACCGCGACGGAGACUCCUCCGACGACGACCUGCCGCCGCACCAACUGCACCACCACGCGCACGAGAGAGAGUCGAUCCGCGCGGCAAGUAGUUUAGUAUUCAGCGACGCGCUGUCCGCGUGGCGCAGCGCGGCGGGCGUGGUGGGUCGGCUGGCGGGCUGGCGCGCGCGCAGCCCCGCGCUCUAUGCAGACGCGUACGUCGCCGACUGUCUGCCCAAACUCAUCGCGCCGUACGUACGACACGAGUUAAUUCUGUGGAACCCGCUCGCAGACGAAGACAAUGAAGACUACGAGAAGAUGGAUUGGUACAAAUCUCUUAUGAUGUACGGCGUCCGGUCGGAGCGUUCUGGCCAGGACUCCUCGGAGUCAGCAUCGGAUGGAGAGGUCGAGCCAGUCCCAGUUACUGAGGCGGCAGUGAGGGAGGACCCUGACCUCAUGCUCGUACCCACCAUCAUCAGCAGGGUUGUGCUGCCCAAACUCACUGAGUUGGUGUCGAGUGCGUGGGACCCGAUGUGCGUGCGCGCGUGCGUGCGUCUUCGCGCGCUAGUGCUGCGCGGCGCGCGCGUGCCGGGCGCGGGGCCGGCGCUGCGUCGUCUGGCCGCCGCCAUACGCGCGCGACUCUCACAAGCACUCGCCGCAGACGUCUUUCUACCAACCUUACCGCCCGCAAUACUGGAGGGAUCUGGCGCGGUGUUCUGGCGGCGCUGCCUGGGCGCGGGCGUGCGCUUGUUGCGCGCCGCGCUGUGUCUGGCCGCGCCGCCCGCGCUACUACGCGCCGACCCGCUCGUACUCGCGCUCAUUGAGACGCUGUGCACGGGCGCGGGCGCGGCGGGCGGGGCGCAGCAGGCGCGCGCGGCCGCCGCCACGUUGCCGCGCGCGCCGCCCGCGCUGGCCGCCACGCUGCCGCGCGCGCCGCACCAUCUGCGCACGCUCGCGCUGCGCCGCCUCGCGCGCCUCGCCGCGCUCGCCCUGCAGCGGCUCGACGCCGACAACCCCUUGCAUCUGAAAGCGAUAGAACAAGCGAGGGCAGUAAUCGCAGAAGCACGCGCAGUUGAAUGACACGAAGACAGUUCCACUACAACCCACACUAGGUGGCAGGCAACUUGACGUCACGAGGCUUCGUGGUCAUAAUAUAAUACUCUACAAUCCAUUUAAUUGAAAGUAACUGGCUAAUUGUGUACACUGGCUUUGCUGGCCAGUAAAAAACCGAUCUUUAUGUGGAUAAAGUCAAAAAUGUAACCUGAGUAAGUGUGAAUUUGUAUCCCAAUUAGAGGUCCACAGGUCCCUUAGCUGGGGGUGCGCUCACGACUGACUCUACUCCUCUGCCGUGCAUACCCUCGCCGCGCACCAGAACUUGGUAUUGGAGGAUUUUUUAUAUAGAGCUUAUCUUCCUCGCGGCCCGCGCGACCAAUCCAAGGCCCUUGUCCUGUUCGUAGUCAUAAAACAUGACCAUGAUCUCUUCACGGAUUAUGAUUUCGACGGUUGUAAUCGAGGACAUUUAAAUUUUUGACUCUUCUUCAAAUAAACAUGAAUACUUAUAUCAAAGGCAAAUGAGGUAAUAUUUUAUUGUUAGUGUGUAUUAAAUAGUCUUUAAAACGACUAAUAUGAUAUGAAAAAUAUUUCACAAUUAGAAAGCUUACUUUUUAGAAAUUUACAUAGAUAUUAAUCAACCUGAUAUCCCAACAUAAUCGACACUUAAUCGGGAGAAUUUUAAUAUCCACGCGGGCGAAAUUGCAGUUGGAUAUAAUAAUAUGUACAUUUAAAUUUUUGACUUUGUCCAUAUAAAGAUCGGUUAUUCUCCAUAAGGUUCCCACGAGUAUGUGGAAAAUAUUCGGUGCACCCAGGCAGUACCACUGUACUGGGUAAGUGAAUUUGUAUUCCAACAAGAGGGUCUACCGGUCCCUGGCUCGUGACUGUCACUACGAGAUAUACAUCAUAAUUUUUAAAUAAAAUAAAAUCGGUUUAAUUUCAGCUGUAAUAAAUACCAAAAAGUUGUCAGAUAGCCAGUGACAAGACAAAAAUAAUUUCAGAAAUAAAAUGUACAUGGUGCUAACCAAUAAUGGAAAGUGUUGGUAAUAAAUAAGUAAAGAUUUUAAACAUUUCAAGUAUUACAUAUAUUUAAAAGACCUCUCUAGGUCCCUUAUCGAAUGAAAUCUGUGAGUCAGAAAUGUCAAUUUAUUACAAUAAAAUAAGUCUCAAUGGCAUUUUGUUUCGCAUGUAGUUAAUUAAUUAUUUACGGUCUACUGUUAAGGUAUGAUUAGACUAAAACACUAUACACUCGGUGGAUAUAUCGAAUGUCUCUAGAUGAACACGGGUGUCUAUAAUUCAAAAGUGUAUUCUGACACGAUAUUUUUGAUACCUGAUGGUAAGCAAUCGGUGCCGCCCAUGGACACCUGAAACACUAUGGACUUAUUAGUGCGUUACCGGCUUUU